UCCUUGUUGUGUUACCUGUGAAAUGCAUCAAAAUUGUGCAAAUCCUGCGAGGAUUUUUGGAUUAUUCCUCGCAUGGCAGCUACUCCUCCACACGAGCUUGGCUAUGCCAGUCAUAGAUGAAGAGAACUACGAUAGAGAACUCGCUCACAAUUUUGUACCCGCCUGGUCAGUGGCUGCCUUCCCUUCAGCUGAGAAUCCCUGCCAGCCAACACUCAACAAUGCCCCGUGGAAUUUCCUCAUGCCACCACAAUUGCACAAACGCAAUUCGGAGCUCAUAAAUUCCCUCCUGUCGCUGCCAAAAACAAUGAAUGAUGCCGGAAAGUAGGAACGGAGACGCGGUUAUUUCGAUAUAUUAAAUAAACCCACAAUAAACUAUUUAUUUAUCUUUGAUAAUAUUAUUUUAAUCCAUAUUUUACCUGUUAAUGUGUAAAAAAUAUAUCUCUGGUGAAUUAAA